AUGGCUGAUCGUUUGUGCAAUCAGUUUGAUACUUUAAGGAAGCUUUUUCAAGAUGAAUUAGAAGAAUCUGGAAAAUAUAAAUUUCAAAAGGGAACAUUUAAUAAAUAUUGUCCCAAUAGAGAAUGCAGUGCUGAUACGGAUAUAGUUAACGCUGGAUGUUUAUGGUUAUUUAAUGCAUUUUUCGGUACAUCUGGUACAUCACAUUAUCAUGAUGUUUAUAAGGAUGUGGCUGUAUGUAUUAUGAUAUGGUUAAGUUAUAAAUUAAGCCUAAAGCCACCUGAAAAGAUCACCACAUUAAAAGAAUUUUAUUCUAAUUAUAUAGAAAAUAACACGGAGUACAUUAACCAUAAAUCUGAAGAUUCAGAUUAUGAAAGUCAUAAGAAGGUCAUAGAUGAAAUAAAGGGAUAUAUGGAUAUUAAUAUUAGUCAUAUGGCUAAAUUUGAUGAAUUACUUAAAUUAUUAUGUAAUAUGAAUACUUCUUAUACGAAAGGUAAUAGUAACGAUUUUUCAAAACAUGCUAAUAACUUUGUUAAUAAAUAUAAUGAACUCCUUAAUGAUGAUAAUAAUCAUGAUGAUAGUUCAUACAGUAAAGUAUUACUUGUUUUAUCCAAUUAUUAUAGUAAUUUUGAAAAAAGCAGAGCUAUUCAUAAUACACAAAUGAAAUUUUCACCAUUACCAACACAAAAAACACCCAAAAAAGAUAAUUCAGAAGGUCCUGAAGUAACUAAAGCAACUAAAGGAACUGAAAUGUCGAGUGAAGAAGAUAAAUCAGAUAUUGAAACAAUUCAGAGUUAUGACACUAUAUUAUCAGAUUCAUCACUAGUAAAUAAAUUAGUUAUAGUUUUGCCGAUAUUAGCUGCAAUAGCAAUUUUUUUAGGAAUUUCUUAUAAGUAUUCGUUAUUUGGAUUUCGGAAACGGUCUCAAAAACAAAAAUUAAGAAAAAAACUAAAAAAAUAA